UCUGAGCGAUUGCAGGUGUUUAUUUGCGCAGGCAGGAAGAGCUAGUGUUGUGUGUGGAGACGGUGAAGACUAGAGGAUUAACCGCUAUUCGAUUCGGUUGUGUUCUGUGGUAGAAAGUGAAGAAGAAGCAGGAAGGAUUCGCGCGCGCUAAUCAUUUUCUUUGCUGUGAAUGCUAUUUUCCGCGUAAAGUGCGUGUUGAAUUGUGUUGUGCUAAUAGGACUUUUGCCAGCAGUGUUUGGGAACAUCGACUUCCCCGGAGAUCAAGCUGAGGGUGGAUAUUUUUCCGAGAGAAUAAAGAGAAUUACUCGUGAAGAUUCGAUGAACCUCGCGUUUUGAGUUGUGGAUAUUAUGCCAAAUUGUAACUGAAAAUUACAGUAAUUGGGAUUGCUUAUCGGAAAAAGUGCCCCGAAGAAGAAGAAGAAGACGACGACGUGUGCAAAGAAGAGAGAGAACGGGCGAAGAAGUUCAAUAGAAAACGAAAUUACCGUGAAGUGUGAGAGAGUUUCCAUACAAACGACAUCUGUGUUUGUUGCCUAUUACUUGAAGUGCUAGGCGCUGCUGUUGUGCUGCAGGCCCGGGUUAUUAUCGAAAUAUAAUCCGCAGUGAAGUGAAUGGGAAACGUAGAUGAAGCAAUUGCAAUUUAGUGAUCUGGAUACCGACAAAUAAUAAUCUAGCCUCACCAUCUGCGGACGAAGGCCCGACCCAAGCAAGGGGAGGAAAACAGUAACAUUCUUUACUUGCUGAGCAUUUUUGUACCGAGCCUACACCGCCGGAGACCGGGAGUGGAUUUAGGACGAAUAACAUAAAACGAAUACGACAACCCAUUCGGCAUCGUGUGACUUCCCGGUGGUUAUUGUUGCGGAACUUGAUCGCCUGUGCUACGAGCUGCAACGAGCUGACCUACACCUGCAGCUUUUGGAUCUUGAAGUGUGGAACUCUCCGUUGUAAUUGCCGAGAUCUCGAUCUCGACUAAAUUCGUCGAAACAAGUGCCGCGUGUCGUGUGAUCGCAGAGUAAAAAGUGUAUAAGUUUGAUUAGUUCGAAUCAAUCAAUCGUUGCCCGCCGACGUCGAGUGCGUCAUCCAGGUGCGUGAAGAUUUCAGGAAGAGAGAAGAGAGAUCAAGUGUUGAUUUUUUUGUGAAGGAAAAAGUGCUUGGUGAAAAGAUUUCAAAGGGUAACGGAGGCGAAGGAGUCUUUCAAGUGGUGUCCCAUCGAGAUAAAAUUAAUAGAAGCGAAGGUCUAAAUGUGAUUAGGCGUCGCAGUCAAGUGUGUAGAUUACCCAGCUGCGAUAGAGUAUAGAGAAGAGGGUCCAGCACAAUCGGAUUCGUUGUUGUUGUUGCUGCUGCUGCUCGCGACCACCAUCGACAGUAGUGGUAGCGGGGAACGCGACUUUGCUGCGACUGGAAAUCUCAAGUAGAUUCCAUCCUCGUUCUCGGUCAAUAUAAAGUUUUUAGCCUAAUUAGUCACAAUGUCCCCCCGAAGGAGAACCAGUGGCAGUAGUAGCAGAAGUAGAAACAGUCCGAACCGACGGUAUUCCGUCGUUCUGACGGUGGCGCUUCCCCUGCUACUGACAACCGUCAUCGGCGGAAGCUGGGCAAUGACCAACAGUGUGUUCAAAGCGUUCAGCAAAGAUCAAACGGUCACGUCGAGCACGCUGGGAUGGGAAAAGUUCAACGGCGAGAAAACCCAACUGCAGUAUGCGGUGCAAAGUUACAACCCGGCGGAGAAUCCCCGCUCCAAGGAACUGGUGGACAGUGACCAGCUGAGCCACGCCAGCUACGUGUGCCGGAUACAGAUCGAGGGCAUCUACUGUGCCGGUCAGACGCACAUGGAGGACUCGUCCACCAUCUGUACGGCGUCGCUGCAGUCGGACGUCCGGCGGCAUCGAACGUUCGAGGUGCUGGUGAACCGAGGCGGCGGUGGAAAGCUCAAGUGGCAACCGUGGAACAAGUAUCAGACGGAGAAGUUCCACGGUGCCGUCAGUUCCAGCAUCGGAAAGGUUGACGAUUACUACGUAGCACGAUACAAGCUGGAACACCACGGCGAACAUCAUCAUCCGUACAUUGUGGGCAAUUACGACCCAACGGAGAAGCUCGGAGGACGAAUCUACGCACCCCUUCCGGGAAUGCCCGACACUGUGGAACACGAGCACGGAGACAUCCUGGUCGAAAUCGAACCCGUAAAGUACGAACUGCGAAACAUCAAACUGAACAAGCUGCGGACUUCCAUCAAGAAAAACAUCACCAUUCUAGGAUCGACCAUCCUGUCGAACGAGGAGGACAUCACGAACCAGGCGGAAACGGUGAUUACCUACGAUUACAUCAAACUGACCUACUACGGUCGGCAGCAGGGCGUUGGCAAUGGCGUCCCGACCAAGGUGAUUGACCCGCGGUCGCAACAACCGGUCGACAUCUUCUGGGGCGUUGAGUUGACGGAGCGGAAGUUUGAGACCAAAGCCAUCAAUACGAUUCUGCAACCGGGAACGGCCAUCAAUGUGACGCUGUUGGGCAACUAUACCGAAAUGGAGGCGCCCUAUCAUGCGAAUCUGAAGGCGUACUACGACGAUAAUAGUGAUCCGGUGUCAAGGAAGCUGACUGGAUAUACGCUCAGCAAAGACAUGGAAGACGUCAAGAUCGAGUUCAGUCCGAUCUACUGGAUCGAGAAUGGUACCGUGGUGCCGACGACGACGACCACGACAACGACCACCACCUCAACUACGGAGGCAACCACGACGUUCGAACCGGUCCCCAUCACCAACACCCCGAUCGAUAGCAUCGGCAGCCGUCUCGGCGAUGGCGACGACAUGAUGAGCAACGAGAUCGAUCGCUCCAGCCGGGAGGAGGUGGCCAGCAGCCGGAGUAUCGACAAGCCGGAAACCAGUAUUAGCCUGUCGAGCGUCGGAGGCUCGUCCGGCAACAAGGGUGGUGCCGGCAGUGGGGCCGUAACGCGGUGGUCAUCCUCCGGCGGAGCGAUAGCGGCGACGGCCUGCUUACUGCUCGCAGUCGUGGCACAACGGAUUUAACUUUAGGAGUAUUUCGCUGUAGCUUGUAAGCUGUUUUCUUUUUGGAGAGAAAGUGGGUUUUAAUAUUUUCUACCAGGUUUAGUUUUGUUGUUCCUGUGAGCUAUUUGUUUUAUGAUUUUUACCUUAAUUUUAAAUUGGAAUGGAAGAGGGCGAUCGAAAUCAUCGCAACGGAGUGUGCAGAAUUAGCUACGUAAAGUGAAGGAAGUCAAUUUCUCAUCAUAUUGCUCUUGUUUUUUUUUCUUUUUAUAAAUGCUAUCUAGUUUCAUAAGUGCGCGUAAGUUUUAAAAACUAAGUUAAAGAAACCCUCUAUAUCAUUCUCUGUUUAAUUAGGCAAAGUGAAAGUUUACAUCUACCACCACGAGGGAAUAGUAGUUCUGUUUUUCUUUAGCGAUUAAUGUUAAUCGAAGAAAAGGAAAUUUGAACCAGUAAUGCGCAACGUAAUGUGCAGUCAUGCAAAAUGUAAUAUGAUCUUUGUUCGUCGUGUAAAUAUAGUUAAAAUAUGAUUAGUUUAGUAUUAUUAUCUCAAUUGAUUAUUGUGUAGGUAAACAGAAAAAGGCGUCCGACAUGAUUUGCUAUUGAAGAUUUUUUGUGCAUAUACAAUUGUACUACCAAUCAGAACAUUCCAAUGAUGAAAACGAUGGUGAGUCAAGCGCAGUUCAUUUAAUCUGGUUCAGGUGAAAACAUUUUGGUUAAAUAGAAAAAAUAAUUGCACUUGUUAAUUUCUGACAACCGGAGAAAAAAAACUCAAAACCUACCUAUAGUUCGAUCGACACACUGCCAAUAGCAAAUUCUUCCAUAGAGCAUGAACCUACCCCGUAAAUUAUUCACUGAAUAUGGAUAUGAAUAUCUACUGAGCCAGAUGAAUUGUUCUUACUCACAAUAAAAUCGUUGCAAAAGAGGAGAAAACAUAGGCGUUCGGUCAAUUCAAAUACUUUAUAUUAAUUUACGUAUCCGGGGUGAAGAUCAUCUUCAGCAGUAGGGAGGGAUACUCUAUUUCAAACAGGCGGCAAACAAUGUCAUCGCGUCUCAGAGCAUCUUUUGCCUGGAUUGUCGAUUAAUUUUCUUGAUAAAAACCGUCCUUGGAAUAGGCCCUCUU